UGAUACAACAAGUAAACAUGGAUGCAACUCCAAAGGCCAAGUUUGAUGCUGCUGUCAAAGUUAUACGAUCAUUGCCGAAAAAUGGUUCUUUCCAACCUUCCCAUGAGAUGAUGCUGAGAUUUUAUGGCUUCUACAAGCAAGCCACAGAAGGCCCAUGCACUGAUGUCAAGCCAAGCUUCUGGGAUCUUGUCAAGAAGGCAAAAUGGGAAGCAUGGAACAAGCUUGGGGAUAUGCCAAGAGAAGAGGCCAUGUUGAAAUAUGUGGACGCACUGAAAGUUAUCAUUGAGACGAUGCCCCAGACUCAGAUGGUGGCCGACUUCAUGGACACGCUGGGGAACUUCUACGAACUGGUGGAUGACAAGUCUCCUAUAGGCAGUGCCAUCAACAGCAGCUCACUGAGGUCGUCACCGGAGCGGGAGGAGGGCAAAGCGUUGAUGGUGACGGACAAGUCAUCUCCAGACGGGGAGGAUGUGGUCCCACAGGUCAAUGGAGACAUAAGUGAUACGUCAGAUACCAACCACUCAGCGCUUGUGGAGGAAGCGUUAUCGCGGGCAGGCGUAGGCGUUGGAGAGCCCGCUGUGGAGGAAGCAUUGUCACAGGCAGGCCCAGUUGGUGGAGAGUCCGUAGAGACCGAUACCUGCCAGAUCUAUGUGAAAUCACUUGACCAAAAUGAAAAUGUCAACAGCAGCAAGCAGGAUGGCGAGGACGACGAGCAGCCACUGACCAACGGCAUGGGGGGAGAGGGACAGAGAGUGACCAAUCAUGUGAACAGCGAGACUGAGAGUGACAGUGAGGAGUUUUGUGACACAUCAGACGAACCUGUUCUGGUGAAUGUUCCUCGAAGGGAAACUCGUCUCAGUGCUUCUACCCCUCUCAACAAGGCCGGGAACCAUGUGCGCUUCAGUGAGACCAACAUUGUCCACACUGAGGUGGAGGUACACUCGGGCCGAGUGUCACCCAUAGAACCUGAUUCAGGACCGGCAGGACUGGAGGCAGCCACAAUGCCGGGAACAUAUUCCUAUGGCCAGCAGCGUCAGCACCUCUCUGAGAGUAUGUUUGUGAAUGCCCCAUCUCAGGACUCUAUGAACAUCUCGGCCACAAGCCAGAUGAGUCUCGGUCGAGGUAGACUCGAGCAAGAUUUCAGUGAAGAUAGUGUAAUAUCAUCUGACCUCAAUCAGUCCAGCAGCGAGACAGCACAGAUGAGAGGAGGUGGAGAUACACAGCAGGGACGACAGGGGGGCUACCAGCCUUUGGACAGGGGACAGGCCGGGACCGCAGCUGGCAGCAGAGGUUCGAACUCAGGGUCAGGAAGUGGAAGUCGACGGGGGUUGUUUUCUGGAUCAGGCGGGGGUGGUCGUCGAGGUGAUAGCGACCCCAAGAACCCGGGGGAUGUAAAUGAACACAUUGCCAUCGCCAUGGUGAGGCUGCAGCAAGACAUGAGUGGUGUGUUGUCUCGACUCAGCUCACUGGAGACACUGUCCAGGCACAAGGCUGAGGAAGAGGUACAGAGGAGAAGGUCGGCCAGGAGACCCAGCUGGUGGCCAUUCCCCGAUCUGUCUGUGAAAAGUACUGCUUUCAUCGUUCUAUGGCCCUUCAUUGCUCACUUUCUUAUCAACGUGCUCUUCAAGAGGAAAAGGAGAUCCCUGCAGUGAGGACAAGUCUUGGCUGUGGAGGACCAGCGUGAAUGAUAGCAACUGUAUGAGAUUUGUGUACAUUGACAAUGUUUUAUAUACAACUUUCAAGUUUUAGGAGACAACAUUGAAAAACGAUUCAGACGUAAGGUUUGGGUGUUUAGUAUGUAUUGUGAAUGUCAAGUGAUGUAAUAUUUUGAGUUUACUUGAAAUGACUUUGAGUGAUCAUCUAUCACAGCAUUUCCGACCAUUUGUAAAAUUCCCUAUUUUAUGAGACAAAAUGCAUUCAGAUUUAGAUUUUGUCACAGAUACAUUCCAAGUAGUUUCUACAUUGACAACCAAAGCAAAAUAGUUUUGAUUCUCAGACAUCCAUAUAUAUAUAUAUACUCUGUGUGUGUGUGUGUAUGUAUAUAUAUAUAUAUAUAUAUAUAUAUAUAUAUAUAUAUAUAUAUACUAAAAAUAUACUACUCAAAAGAAUGUAAAGAACACAGACAUGACAGAUUAACAAUAGUAAUUUAAAGGAAUCGGGUGUUCUUUAACCUCUAUUGUGUAGUAUAUCAUGGUGAUGAAAUCAUUUUGUUUCACAGUGGGAUAGCCUUGUGGUUGAAGGUUUUCUUGUCACGCCCAAAACCCAGGUUCAAUUGUCCUCAUAGGCAUAACAUGUGAAGCCUAUUUCUGGUGUCCCUUCACCAGCAUUAGAAACAAACAGUUUUCGUCCACUAGUCCAUAUAAUUAUAACAUAUACCAAGACCCUUAAAAAGGGCAAAUUUCUACUAGUCCUUAUGAUACCUUACCUAUUGGGCAGUUUGGCAAGGACUAUAGGACUAGUGCCAAUUUCUACCACUGUUCACAGUGAUACUGCAGGAAUAUUCCUAUAAACAGUGUCAAACUAUAUGCAAGCACCAUUUCGUAUUUAAUACUAAACACAAGAGGCUAUCCAAAAGUCAUAGCUUUUGAAUUAACUGUUCUUUGAAACCAGAUUUGAUAUAUUUUCAGUUUUGGUUGUAAAGGCUUUAUCAUUGUAGAUGUGCUAAUGAGUGUUAUGUGCAAAUAUUAUUUGAGGUAAGUGGAAUGAAUAUCUUGCCCUCAGUGCUACAAACAGUGUGUAUGUUCAAUGGUAAAGAUACAUGUGUUCAAUAAUCAGCUGUGAUAUUACUAGUAGGCUUUACAGUCCAUGUACAUUUGUACAUUAACAUGUUUGUUUCCAUUGCAAGAAUGUACCAUUGAUUUGUUUUUUUAUAAAACGUAUGCAUAAUAAAAUAUUUUUAGAGAUGCUUAGAAGUGCAAUCGGGGAAGUGAUAAGCUCUGAUUUGGACAGGCAUGUGGCAUUGAAAUAAGAGCCUGCGAAAAUGUUUGUGUUGACAAUGUGCAUCAUUUUGAUGAAAUGUUUGCUGUGAUUUGAUAAGGUGACAGUGUUUUGAAGUAAGCUGUUCUUUGAUUGGAUUGGAUGUGAUGUGAAAAUUAUGUAAGACUUGUACUAGUAUGGGCAAUUCAGAAUCUUUGGAAUAAUGAACCACUACGAACGACUUUAGCAUUUUAGAAAAUAAUAGCUAUCAUAUCAUAACCAGAUUUCCAGCUAAAAAUUUAUUAUAUAUAUUUAUUAAAAGUUAGAAUCUAUUGACAAUUAUAGUACAUUUCUGUGCUGUCUAUCAUGUGUUUUCAUGGGAUUACCUUUACCAUUCAAUGAAAUAUUGUUGGGAGUCAUAAUGAGAAGAAGUAAUUAGCAGUAUUAGUGAACGAAUGACACCUAUUUGUGCAAUCGUUUGUGUAUGGACAUGAGAGAGUGGCAUAUAGUUCUCAGGGUUGACAGGGAUAUGCAGUCAUCUGUUGAUGGAAGUAUGUGAGGUGUGUUUUGACUGACAAGCAAACCUGAGAUUAAGUCGGUCGUAAGAGGAUUAAGGUGAAGAAUUAUUCAUCAUGUUUCAUAGAGGCCCUCUGUCAUGCCAGGAUCACUAGUCAUGGGUGUUGAAAUCUUGUAUCAGUUAACAUGUCAGCACCAUGCACCUGCUUGUGGGUUCCACGAACUUGUCUGACUUUUGUCCACAUAAAGCUGAUACUUGUGUAGAGGAGGAGCCAGGAUUUUGAAAAUAUAUACCCAAGUCACGAGGUGGCUUGGACGAGGGUGCAGUCAACAUGUAAGGGGCUGGAAAAGGGGGAUGCAGACCCCUGCAGCCCUCCUCUGGGUCCACCUGUGUGUUGGAAGCAGCAUUAAACUUUUACCUCACUCACUGAUUCUGUUUCAUCCUCAUAACUUCUGUCAAGGUUCGUGUGAAUGAGUUUCUCAAGUAUGUAAAUGUUUCCAUGACUCUUACAUCUUGUGAAUUAUCUAAUUCUGGUCUUGAUAUAAGAGUGUGUUUGUUUGAAAGUUGUUCUUCCAUGACAAUUGCAUGUGUGUUGAGAAACUGUCGAGAAAUUGUGAAUGUAUUACAAUCUUUCUAUAGAUUGACCUAGAUUUUCUCACUGUAUACCUGUGUGUGUCAACAAUCAUAUUGAUGUACAUACUUAAGUUGACAAUGUGUCUGUUGUACAGGAAUAUAAUUAUAAA